AUGAUUUUCAUUCAAUUCGUGUUCAUCUGUUUAUCAACUUGGAUUUUACAAUCACAUUGUCUGAAUGUGUUAUUUGUCGUCGAUGGCGCUGCAGGCCAUCUGACGCCUGUGUUGGAAUUGGCCAAGGCAAUGAAAAAUCACAAUAUAACUUUUCUCACUCAACAAUUGGCUCGAAUUUAUACUGAUUUGAAUUCAUAUUCCUCUCCUCGAUUCCGCGUUAUCUAUGCUAACGACACAAUUGAUGGUUUUCUGCGAGAGAAAUACUUUGUAGAACAGGAAGUCAUUAAUUUUGCUAAUCACUCUGUGCUGAACGCACUUCCUGAGAUCGUGUCAUUGGCAGGCGAUAUAUUCAGCGAACUGCUGAACAAAACGAUUCAUGUGUUGAUGCACGAACGUUUUGAUGUCAUCGUGGCAGGUCAAAUGAUUUUCGGAAUAUCAUUGUUAUGCAACAAGAUUUCAACACCAUGCGUUAUUCAAGACGCAGUACAUCCAUUGAGUUUUUUAAAUCUUAAUUCACCAAAUGAAUUUGCCUCAUUGACAACUAAAGAAAUGAGUCAGUUUAAAUAUCGUAUUUACAAUCUAGCAUUUACUGUUCAUGCUACAACAAGAAUAAUAACGAAGUUGGUACCAGCAGUUUACACACUCUUUCAAUCAUUACCUCAAAUACCCGGUCCAUUCUACGAUGCUUUUACAUUGAAGAAUAUUCUAUCGUCCAGAUCGAAACAACUGCAUUUGAUUAGUUUGCCAUCAUCGUUUCCUAUGUCGGUCUCUCCAACUCCUUACAAAAAAUAUUUAGGUGCAUUUAUAGAUGAAACAUCUAUUGGUGAUGAUAAUAGCACUCUAAUUACAUGGAUAAAAUCUAAACCAAUCAGUUCAAUUGUGUAUGGAGCAUUUGGUAGCACCUCAUUUAUUUUCUAUGAUCGAAUGUACAGUUUAAUCAGUGGUUUAGCAAUGUUUUUGUUACAAACGGAGGAUAGUUUUCUACUCCUAGCAUUUCAGAAUGCUAAUUAUGAUACUUAUCAAGCAGUUCUGAAUAAUUUACCUGAUGUAAGAUACCGUCAAAUAUUGAAAAAUGAAGAACGAGUCAGAAUCAAGCAAGGAUUCGUCAAACAAAAAAUGAUUUUACAACAACCAACUGUGAAAAUCUUCUUAAGUCAUUGCGGAAUGGGCUCUUGUAUAGAAGGACUGUAUUUCCGUAAGCCUAUUAUAUGUAUGCCAUUCAAUGUGGAUCAGUUCUAUAAUUCACGUUCAAUCGAGAAUUUCAAAUUGGGACAAUCGCUGUUCAUUCCACCUUCUCGUCUACAAACAAUGCAAAGUCUUGGCCAUUUUACCACGUAUACUUUUACAUCCGAGAGUGUCAGUGAUAAACUAAUGACUAUAUGGACGAACCCGACGUACGAGAGGGCAGCUGAACAUAUUUCGUUGGAAAUGAAGCAUGCAGGUGGCCUAAAACGGGCAGUGGAAGAGAUCGAAUUUUUUGUUAGUCUUAAUGGAGAUCUCGACCGUUUUACGCCGUUUCCCGAUACUUUACGAUUCUAUCAACAGUAUUGUUUGGAUUUAUUGUUCGUAGCCAUUAUUUUACCUUUGAUGAUCGUCAGGUAUCUCUUUUUAAAAUGUUCUAAGAGACAAAGAAAAACAAAAACAGAUUAA